UUUACAGAUAAGGUGGUUGACAAGUAUUUAACUCAAGAGAAAUAUUGCUCCGCUGUUCAGCUUAGUUUGAAAUUUCUUCAAGUGUUGUCAUUAAAUGAUCAGUUAUAUUCUGAUUCUAAAGGUGAGUUUUAAAUUUUGUGUAUUGUUAAAAAAGACUUGAACCCAAGGUAAAACCUUAUAAUUAUACUCGCAUCACUGCAUUUUCCGCAGGCAAAACAAGAUUUUUUUAGUGAGUCUAGUCCCUAGACUUAAUAUCAUCAUCUUGCCAAUGUUCGACAUUUUUAGUUAUACUGAAGAGGGAAAAUAAAUGCAAAAACAUCGGAGGUUAUCUUUAUUUAACUGAAGCUGGAUACUGUAAAUUCAAAAUUCAAUGCAGGUCUGUGUAUUGUUUCAAACAGGUUUACAGGAAACUGUGAAUAUGACCUGCAGACAAUUUUCAGACAUAAAUUCCUCUUCAAGUCAAGUUGAAUGUGUGAAGCUGGUAAGUGACUUACAAAGUUCUGCUUGCCCAGCAGGCCAGCUGCCAGAGAUGAUUUUGCUAAGUGAUUAUGUUCACUUCUGGAGAAUUUUAAAAAAGCAUGCUCUAUAAGUCCUUAGAGGUUUAUACUUGUACCUAUUUUGUUAUUACCUUAAAACAAGGAGAAAGCAUCAUAAUAGUAACUUCGAUUUGCCAAUGAUCCUUUCUUUCUGUUUGGAAGUCAUUGACUAACGUUUGAGUUCGAGAUAACUCCUAGUGGCUACAGUGGCUGUACGUUUUGGAUGGGUUCGUUACUGCCCUCUGAUUCACUUAGAUCUAAAGCGGACAUCUUAGCUCUGUAGAUGCAAUGUUAAAUGCGUCAUUUGACUCAUCAGCACUGCCACUUAGCUACUGAGGAUGACCUAUUGUUAUAUUAGGCUCUCCUUAUUUUCAUUGCGUUAGCAGGACAAUUAUAUGAUCAUGACGUCUUUUUACCACAACUACAAGAGUUCUUCAGUUUUUUGUUUUCUUGUGAAAAUUAUGGUUAUUGUUUUUCAAUCCUCAGGUUAGGGUUCGACAAAUUUAAAAGCGAAAACGAAACGCAUUCUGGUAGUUGUAGUCAAAUGUCGUCAUCAUGAAAACCUGGAAAACGGCCUCAGACUGAAACGUUAAUUCCAAUUCACUUAUUAGUCAUAUUUUGUGUUGUAGUAUUGUUGUGUUACCAGCCAUCAGACAGGUCACUCAGUCAUGUUUAAAGACACUCGCUCUACUCCCCUUGCUGCUGUCACUGUGAACUGUCUUCUGAGCAAAAAUGAAGAUCUCACUACCGUAGGCGCUGCAUUGGCUUCAAAUAUUGCUCGAUUUAAGGUAACUUGUAUGUUCUCAACCAUUCACAGUGCGCGAGUACAACGGGGGGUGACAGCUCUAACAAGGGCUGUUUCGGGAGAAAAACAAAUUUAUUCCGGGAAUCUGGAGAUUUUGCCGGGAAUCGGGAAACCUGGGAAAUUUUUCGUGAAGUAUGAGAUAUUUUCGGGACAUUGAGCAAAGAUUUGAUAUUACAUGUUAUCAAACAAUAUAUAUACAGUGAUAUGCUCCCAGUGUAUGCGCUGUAUUCUAUGUAUUUUAACACUUGAAAACGGCUGAACCCCCCAUGAUAUGAAAAGACCAAUCAGCAACGUUUCCAACUAAAAUAGCAUGAAGUUCGAGUGCGAUUGACCACGUGCAAUCCCCUGCGGAUUAAAACAAGAGCCGUGCUGGUGCAAGGCACAUACUAUCAGUUCACACCAGAUCCCAUCAUUCAUUAGUUCAGGGGUAUUUUUACGCUGCACUUUGACGAGUUUUAAGAGCACAUUCCACUGAUUACAUACUGGAAAACUUGUAAAAGUACGUAAGAAGUAUGUAAGAAAAAAACGAAACUCAUUUAACUUUGUUAAACACAAAUGAGGCCAUAAAAAGUAAUAUGUCUGUGAAGGCUCUUUAAUCAUCCUGAUCUCGUUGGGGUCCUUCCUAUUUUGCUCGAAAACCCCGAAUCCCGAUCAAUAUGCGUUCGGGAUAGGAAAAUUUCAGAUUUCGACAGUUGUUCUGAAAUUUUCAAAUGAAUUCUUAUGAUACUCAUACAAUGACACCACACAGAGUAUACUUAGCUGAAAGUGAUAUCCAGAGCAAUUUCAAAAACCGCACAACUUGUAUAAAAUAAAAUUCACUACUUCUACGCAAAGUCACGCCAAUAAAAAUAAGAAUAAAAAGGACAAUUGAUUUAGAGAACAUUUUGGACAGAAUUUGUCCUCUCAGAACACUAGAAAUGGCGUUUCAGAGCAACAAGAUUUCAAACUUUUCUGGGGGAGCAUGCCCCCAGACCCCCCUAGUUGUUGGCCCCUUCACUGCUCGCCUGAUUCAUUUGUGAUUAAAAAACAAAAAAACACGAUUUUAUAUACUUAAAAAGUUUGAUAGUCUUUCUGUGUUAACAUGAUACCCUCUAAACGAAAAAAUAACUAAGAUUAGAUAAUUAACAAGUUACAUAAUUAACAAGAAGCUGCAAAAAAUCUCUAAUCAAAAUUUUAAUUUUAAUUGAUAAAACAAUUUUGUGAAGUUAAACAUUUAUGGGGAAUGCCACCGAAAAAUUCGGGAGGGUCGACGAAAUUUCCGGGAGGACAUAAAGUUAUUCAUAGGACUGCCCAAACAGCCUUUGUUAGAGUUGUCACCCCCCGUAGUACAGUACUUUGACAAGACUUAUUCAGACACGUUAAAAAGACCCAUGAGAUUUUUCGUUUAUUGCUGACUUAUAGUGUUCCAGUAGCGUUAAUUUCUUCAUUGGAUUAUCAAAACGUUUGGAUUUGAAAUUUACACCAUCCUUUCAGAGUAUACAAAUAAUAAUAAAGUUUCUAAGCAUAACAAAAUUGGAGAAUGAAGGACAGCUAUCCCGCGAGCAAGCUUUCCUAUUUGGGCGAGCGAAGCGAGCCGCGCGAGAACGCGCGAGCGAGCCGCGAGCGGCCGAGGAAAGGAGAGCCUCAAAUGAUGUCUCAUGAAUUUUCAGACGAAGGGAGAUACCAUUGGCUGAAAAUGACGUUCCGGAUAUCAAAGUUGAUUGAUAACAGGCUCAGCUGGCCUGCCCGAAAUUUUCGCGGCAAACGUAGAAACACGAUGCUCUUAUUCCCAAAACCCGUGUUGUGUCGGCGAUCGCUGAACUCACUCCGAAAAAGGAGACCGGCAGAGGAAGAAAAUCGCUUUCUCCUUCUGUGAGAGUUAACUGUCGUCUGUGUGUCAAAUUUGGUUCUCAGGGGGAUCAUACUGGAACCGAGAGCUUGUUUCAGCUCUCAAAGCAGGCGGGCUCGUCUGAUGUAAUUCUCGCAAAGCUGUACGUGUGAAAGUGUUGGAUUGCCAAUAGAAUAUUGCGAGCAGGGGAUAAGUCGGACUGAGUUUGUAGUUCUUGUGGAAGGAAAAGCAGAGCCCUUCAUCAGUUGUAUCCCCCAAAUGGAGAGCUUGCUCACACGCUAAGGACAGCAAGUGAUGGACCCAUCACAUGAAUGUCAUUAUCCCCUCUCGAGAACAGUGAACAAUUAUGAACAUACACUGUAGUGGUAAUUAAAUUUAUUUAUUUAUUCAGGUACACGAAGAAAUUGCCCUUGAGUGUUCGACAGCUGUUAUUGAAGUUUUGAGCAAGGAUGUGUCACCAGAAACAGGUCGGUCUUUCACACAGAAUUCUGCUCGCUUUUAAAGUGUCUUGCCCUGCAUGUGGGCUGUUGUGUUGAGAUCUCGCGCGUUUCCAACCCAUGGUAAUUCUGGGUGAGGAUUAGAGAAGAGGAAGAUUUUCUUUCCAAAUUGAAGUUUUAAAGCUCUGAAUACGUUCUCUGCCUACCAUAUGAAAGUUCAAACUUUCGAUUCCAUAAAAAAAUUCCGUCUAAGGUGGGAGGUGAUUCGGGGAGGCGAUUAAUCGAGGGAAUGCCAUUAUUCGAGGAAGUAUGGACAAAUGGCUAGUUAAUAUUAGAAAGUCUGUUCAUAAAUUAGUUUUCUCUUACCCUCAAAGGCUUCUAAAGGUCGUUUUCUUUUCAAGGUAUGAACUCAUUUAUCUUUUGUUUCAUUGUUGUCAGGUCAUAACUGCCUUUACGCAUUGAGAAGAUUUAUAGACUGCAGUUCUGAGGUAGUUUAAUUUUCUUGUCUAAAUUCUGUCACAAAACUUUAAACACUUUGAUUUAAUUUGACAGGUUAAUUUUGCGCUGACUUUUCACAGUAAAGUUCAAGGCACACGCACUUUCUCAAAACGCUAACAUGCCAUCUGAUUACAGUUGAAACUCUACGGGCGAGGCCAGCUCCAUUAAACGGCCUCCUUUCCAAUUCACAAUUUUUAUGUGAUUGCUUACCUUUUCUCUCCUAUUUAAUAUCCACAUUGUUUGUUUGUUAAGCCAUCAUUCAGCAUCAUUCGUAUCAUGCCCUAGUAGUAUCUACAGAUUCAUCUGCAAAGCAGUAGCUUAACUUUUAAAGGCAGGAUUGGGUUACUUGGAUAAAUAUUUACAAAAUAAAACCCGAUUAACGAUGCGACAGACAACUGCAAUAAUUUUUUGUUUGCUUCAGGUGGCAGGUCUUGCAAGUGUCUUGGGACUCAGUGUGGAGAAGUUUAAAGGAAGCAGUCCUGAAAUGGAUGAACUUUGUAAAGACUUAGAGAAACUUCUCAGCUGA